UGCUUCCUUGCGUUCUCUCCAAGGAUGGCGGCUGAACUGCACCAUGCAACUUCAUUUUGUUUGCAUGUGGCUGCUCCAGUUUCCACCUUCCAGUCAAAGCUUUUUGAAACAUAUAUAAACACGGCAUUCUGCAGCAUGAUUCGUACGUCCUACGUCCUACCUCACCCUUGCCACGCUACAUCAUUCACAAUCGCUAAGCUCUUUGGUUUUUCUUUUUUCUUGGUUAAGCAUUUCUUCAACCUGAAAUGGAGAUGGACAAGGAUAUUGUGAUAGUUGGUGCUGGGAUUUCCGGCCUCGCCACAUCUUUAGGCCUGCACAGGUAUGGAUUGCAGAGCUUAGUUUUGGAAUCAUCAGAGAGUUUAAGAACGACAGGAUUUGCUCUUACCCUGUGGACCAAUGCGUGGAGAUCACUGGAUGCUCUGGGUGUUGGAGAUUACCUUAGACAGCUUUCUCUGGCAUUCCGUGGGUUUCAAAUAGCUAAUGUAGAUACAGGCCUGCCAAGUGGAGAGGUUUUACUUGAAGAAAGUACAUGCGGAAAUUAUGAAGCCCGAUGUGUCAGAAGAAAAGACUUACUACAAACCUUAGCAAAAGAGCUGCCAGAGGGGACUAUCAGGUAUUCUUCCAAGGUUGUUUCAAUUGAGGAAUCAGGACAUUUAAAGUUGGUGCACCUGGCCGAUGGCUGUGUGAUCCGGGCUAAGGUCUUGAUUGGCUGCGAUGGAGUCAAUUCAGUUGUGGCGAAGUGGUUAGGUUUUAAGAAACCGAUCAGAGUUGGGCGAUCAGCAAUUAGGGGAUAUGUGGAGUUUCCGGCUGCCCAUGGCUUUAAGCCACAAAUCUAUGCAUAUUUUGGAGGUGGGGUUCGCUUUGGAUUUGCUCCUUGUGAUGACAAAAGCAUAUAUUGGUUUUGCACUUUCAAACCAUCCACUGCAACAGGGCAUGAAAAUAUGUCAGACAAUCCGGUUCUACUAAAGGAAUUUGUAUUAAGAAAGACAGCCAACGUUCCAAAGGAAGUGUAUGGCAUUGUUGAAAGAACUGAGCUCGAAUCAAUCUCCUGUGCUGAGCUAAAAAUGAGACUGCCAUGGGAUAUUUUGAUAUGGGACUUCGCAAAAAGCAGCAUUUGUUUGGUUGGUGAUGCCCUUCAUCCGAUGACCCCAGACCUUGGACAGGGUGGUUCUUCAGCAUUAGAAGACUGUAUCAUGCUUGCCAGAUGCAUCGGAGAAUGCUUUCCGAAGAUGACAAGUAGAAAAUUUGGAGAGGAAAAGGAAGAUGUCAACGUUAAAAUGGCAGCAUUCAACAAGGGCCUGGAGAACUAUGCUAAAGAGAGGAGAUGGAGAAGCUUUAGUCUCAUUGCUACUGCCUUUGUCGUUGGUUUCAUUCAAGAGAGUGACAAUAAGUUCAUUCGUUUCUUGAGGGAAAGGUUCUUGUCAAAAUAUACUGUUCCCACUCUGUUGUGGAUGGCUGAUUUUGAUUGUGGAAAACUUAAUAUUCCUUGAGAUGGAGCUGAAGUGCAUCCAUCCAUCCACCUCGAAUGUGUUUGAAAAAUAAAUUAACCAGGUUCUAAUAACCUUGCAUUAAUUUAUUUGUUAGUAUGUUGGUAGAGGGCCAUUUGUAUCCUUUCAUAGCACCAGAGGCGUACAAGGUGUUAGGAUCCGGGGUGAUGGGAACACAGAGUCUCUAAGUGUGGAGCUACUUGCUCGUUAAAGGGGCUGUCCAAGUCGUUUGGAAGGAAAAGAUUUUGGACCAAAAUUUUCAGCUCAAGUUUCAUUAGUUUAGUCAUUAGUUCAUUUGUUAUUUUGGGUUGAAUUUUUAGUUAAU